CUCAAGGGUCUUCUUCACAUUUCCUUCGUUAUUUCCUAAGUCACUCUUAUUAACCUUUGUCUCUCUUACAACCCUUUCACUCAAUUCUCAAUUCUCAUUCAACAAUCAAUCGCUUUUGCUUCUUGCAAAAUAGACAUAUAUGGCUACGCUUUAUUCAACGCAUUGCCGUUCACUUCCAUCACUGCAAUCCUCUUCUUCUUCUUCAUCUUCUUCGUCAUCGUCGUCACAAUCAUGUCCUUUGUCGUCCAACCUUGCUUAUCUUCAUCGCUUGAACUUCUCGAAGCGUUUUCUUGCGGCUAAGGUUUCUAUCAAAUCUCAACCCCUUAAGCAUCAGAUUCCGGUCCACACCCAGCAACAAGAAGGUGCAGUAGCUGCGGCUGUGACACCUGUUGAAAAUGACACUUCUAACAAGCGAUUGAAAGCUGAAUUGUUGUCAGUUACAUCCUCGGAGGAGUCUCAAGGUGAAGCCAAUUUUGAAAAGGAUGAAAGUGGGUCCAGUGUUAGUAUUACUGUUGUUGGAGCCUCUGGAGACCUUGCCAAGAAGAAGAUAUUUCCGGCCCUCUUUGCACUUUACUAUGAGGGUUGUCUCCCUAAGCACUUCACCAUCUGUGGUUAUGCUCGAAGUAAGAUGACUGAUGCAGAGCUUAGAAAUACGGUUAGCAAGACCCUCACUUGUAGAAUCGAUAAGAGAGAGAACUGUAGUGAAAAGAUGGACCAAUUUCUCAAAAGAUGUUUCUACCAUUCUGGUCAAUAUGAUUCUCAGGAAAACUUUGCAGCGCUAGACAAGAAGCUGAAGGAACAUGAGGGUGGGAGAACCUCUAAUCGCCUGUUUUAUCUUUCAAUUCCUCCUAAUAUAUUCGUUGAUGCUGUAAAAUGUGCAAGCUCGUCAGCUUCUUCUGGUAAUGGUUGGACCAGGGUCAUUGUUGAAAAGCCUUUUGGUCGUGAUUCAGAAUCUUCAGCUACUUUAACAAAAUCUCUCAAGCAGUAUCUGACCGAGGAUCAAAUUUUCAGGAUUGACCACUAUCUUGGUAAAGAGCUUGUGGAAAAUCUUUCCGUACUCCGAUUCUCAAAUCUCAUUUUUGAACCAUUAUGGUCGAGGCAGUAUAUAAGAAAUGUACAGUUGAUAUUCUCAGAAGAUUUUGGCACUGAAGGACGUGGCGGGUACUUCGACCAUUAUGGUAUAAUAAGAGAUAUAAUGCAGAAUCAUUUACUUCAAAUACUAGCCCUCUUUGCAAUGGAAACCCCUGUUAGUUUGGAUGCAGAAGAUAUUAGAAAUGAAAAGGUCAAGGUUCUUCGUUCAAUGAGACCCCUAAAACUUGAGGAUGUGGUUAUAGGCCAGUACAAGAGCCACACAAGAGGAGGUGUUACAUAUCCAGCCUACAUUGAUGACAAAACUGUACCAAAUGACAGCUUAACUCCAACAUUUGCUGCAGCUGCCCUCUUCAUAGAUAAUGCAAGAUGGGAUGGGGUGCCUUUUCUGAUGAAGGCUGGGAAAGCAUUACACACCAGGAGAGCUGAGAUACGGGUACAGUUUAGGCAUGUGCCGGGCAAUCUGUACAAUCGGAAUUUUGGGACAGAUCUUGAUCGGGCUACAAAUGAACUUGUCAUAAGAGUUCAGCCUGACGAGGCUAUUUAUUUGAAGAUCAACAACAAAGUGCCGGGUUUGGGAAUGAAGUUGGACCGCAGUCAUCUGAAUCUUCACUACGCAGCAAGAUAUUCGAAGGAGAUUCCAGAUGCUUAUGAGAGGCUACUUCUGGAUGCCAUUGAAGGAGAAAGAAGACUCUUCAUACGUAGUGAUGAACUGGAUGCUGCUUGGUCACUCUUUACACCUGUAUUGAGUGAGCUAGAAGAGAAAAAGAUAAUUCCAGAGAACUAUCCUUAUGGUAGUAGGGGUCCUGUUGGUGCUCACUAUCUUGCAGCCAGAUACAACGUACGGUGGGGUGACCUUAUAGAUGUUGACCAAUAACCCUCACUUUUUGUUGAUUAGCCUCGUAUGUUAGCUAACAUGCAUGUUGAUUUGAGGUUUCUUGUUGGAGUGUAUCUUUUAUUUUAUUUUUUUAUUUUUUUCAUGUUAUUGGAAUGGUUACUUCCCUAGUUGAAGACAGGUGCUAGGCAUGCAUGAAAUCAUGUAAAGCAAUAAAGCAUCAAAGUUCAAAGAUGAGAUUUUUUAAUAAAGC